UUCUUGAGCGCUUUAGCUCCCCAAUUCUCUUCCUUUUGGUCGUUGCCUAUUUCUAGUGCGAUUCUCUUCCUUGCAGCUAAAAUCCACUUCCCGAUAACUAAAGUCUCGUUUCUCUGGACAAAAGGGGUAAAAGGAAUCCCGGUUGUGUUACCUUUUGUGUCAUCAACCCCAAUUUGAACAGCGGUUAACAUAGUAGCGUGAAAGUGAGGCUGUCAUUGCUGUUUCCCGCGUAAAGCACAUGCUGGUCCUUUCGAAGCCUUGAACAAAAUGGCGUCUGAGGAGAAAACUGACUCCAAGAUUGCAGAAGAAAAGCCCGAAAACAACGAGAAGGCACAAGCGGAGAUCAACAAUGCAGGUCCAACGGACGCUAAAACCGACAAGAACAAAGAAAAGAAUGCAAAGGAAGAAGGAAAUUCAGACGAAUCCUCAGACGAUGAAGAGGCCCUUGGUAUAUUUGACAAGCCAGUAGUUGUGGAGGGAAAACGUGAAAGAAAGAAGACAGUCUUCUUGGUGAAGGAUGAAAAUGAAAUAAAAAAGGAACCAGUGCAAAUGAUCUUUAAGGGCAAGGGAGAUCGCCUUGGUGACAUGGAAGUUGUUGUCCAUGAACUCAACAAAUGCACUGCCAUGGAGCUUAAGCCACUACACAAGCUGCUCUUUGGGCGAGAAGGAAAGCAAUCAGAGAUAAAAAAGAACAUUAGAAAUUUUAAUGGCUUCGACAUUGCAAAGGAUACAAAGGAAUACGAGAACAAGAAAUGGGGGAUAGAAAGAUUUACAAAUGAUGGUUUAAAGAGGCUAUUAGAAAUUCUGGAUCUGCCCAAGAAAGGCAAAAGGGAGGAAUUGAAGGAGAGGGUGAUGGAGUUUCUCAUGAAACCCAAAGCCUCUGGAAGGAAAGCUCCUGAACCCAAUCAGCCAUCCAAGAAGUCAAAGACACAAAAGUCAGACAAAGGCAAGAAAAGAAAAAGAACUCCAAAAAAACCCAAAGAGGGUAAGGAUGACAGUGAGGAAGAGGAGGACGAUAAUGAUGACGAUGAUGGGGAUAUUGAGGGUGAUGAGGAAGCAGAUGAGCCCCCAAAGAAAAAGAAGAAGGCAGAAUCAAAGCCCAAGUCAGCAGAGAAAAGCAAAAGUUCUAAGAGCAAGACACCUGCAAAGAAAGAGACUAAGAAAGAGUCCAAGAAAUCCCCUAAAAAGAGCAAACCAGUAACUGUAAAAAUAACCUCUGGGAAAAAGACACCGAAGAAGUCUCCAAAGAAAGCACACAAGACUGUUGACGAUUUGUCGUCUGAUGAGGAACCAUUAGUAAAGAAGCUCAAGAAACAACCACCAACUAAUGAUGACCUUGUAACUGUGGUUAAAGACCUGCUGAAGGAUGCAGAUCUCAAAGUUGUAACGGUCAAGUCUAUUUGUAAAGAGGUUUAUGCUAAAUAUCCUGAGUUUGAUUUGAGCGACAGGAAAGGUUUUAUCAAAGAAACUGUUUACUCGGUUAUAUCAUCAGAUUCAGACCAAUAAUACAUGUCGACCUCCAUUAUAGCGCACUGUAGGUAGAAUUUAACAUAAAGGUAGAAUAGUGUGGCUAUUUUUUUAAUAUUGUCAUUUUCUCCCUCAAGGUUCUUCUUGUCCCAGAUUUUAUUCCUUGAAAUUUUCUGAAGGAGGCAUAUGAUCCAAUGAUAAGCCUGUUUUUAUCUUUUAUUUUUUUAAGCAUCACUUAUCACAGAUGUUUUACCCAUAUACAUUAAUUGUUGCAUAAAACCUAGCUUAUUUGUUUGCUUCUAUGAUAUGUGGAUAUCCAGACAUUUCACCUUAGAACCACAGAUAUCAUAGAGCCAUCAUUUAGACCCUGAAAGACGUGUAGUAUAACAAAGUUGCUGUACCAUUGCAGUCAUACAAAGUAUAAAUAAAAUCUUCUAAAAGUG